CAUUGAUUGCAUUUUGAGAUCAAAUUUACUAAACAUUAAGACAUUAAUCCAUCGCUUCUUUGAAUCCAAUCUUUCAUUCAUUUAAAGUUUUUUUAAAAAUAUAAAUGAAUUUUAUGAAAGGAUUUAGCGAUAAAAUCCAUAAACCCUUUGAUAAGAAGAGUGAACCAAAUGGUGAUGACUGUGAAGACCACUCUCUGACUGUCGACAACGGGAUCAAUGAUUUGGUCAUUGAGUUUGAAGAUUGUGUCGAUUUGAGAGACAAUGACAUCGAAGUGAACGCCAAUGGACUCAAUGGAAGCGUUGACGACCGCAGAGGUUCUUCAGAUGACAACCACUUAAUGGCUAAUCAGAGAAUGGGUGAAGAGUUUGUGAGCAAACGUGAGGCCAAACGGAGCACUGAUUGGUAUGAAUUGCAAACAAUGGAAACGCAAUCUAAGUGUUCAUCGAGUGAGAAAUGGGGCGAAAGUGUCGGCAUUUUUGAUACUCUAAGCGGCGCUCAGACGCCACUCAUUGGCUUAAGACAACUGCAGAAGUAUUUUGUGGUGAAGUUGUCGUCACUAAACAGUAAUUAA